GCUGCCGGCAGGCGCGCUGUGCCCAGUCUAAGGAGAGCUGCCGAGCAGUUAAGGUAGCAGGAGCGGAGGAGACGACUGACAGCGCGCCACUCCCGCCUACCGCGCUUAGCCAGGCUGCCUUCGUCUUCAGCGUUAGCUGCUGCCAAGCCCGGGCCAAGCCACCAUGGCUGAUCAACUGACAGAAGAGCAGAUUGCAGAAUUCAAGGAAGCCUUUUCGCUAUUUGAUAAGGAUGGAGAUGGUACUAUAACGACAAAAGAACUGGGGACAGUGAUGAGGUCACUUGGGCAGAAUCCAACAGAAGCAGAGUUACAGGACAUGAUCAAUGAAGUAGAUGCUGAUGGCAAUGGCACAAUUGACUUCCCUGAAUUUUUGACAAUGAUGGCAAGAAAAAUGAAGGAUACAGACAGCGAGGAGGAAAUUAGAGAAGCAUUCCGUGUAUUUGAUAAGGAUGGUAAUGGUUAUAUUAGUGCUGCAGAGCUUCGCCAUGUGAUGACAAAUCUUGGAGAGAAAUUAACAGAUGAAGAAGUUGAUGAGAUGAUUAGAGAAGCAGAUAUUGAUGGUGAUGGUCAAGUAAACUAUGAAGAGUUUGUACAAAUGAUGACAGCAAAGUGAAGACACUGUACAGAAUGUGUUAAAUUUCUUGUACAAAUUGUUUAUUUGCCUUUUUCUCUGUUUGUAACUUAUCUGUAAAAGGUUUCCCCCUACUGUCAAGAGAAUAUGCAUGUAUAGUAACAAACUCAUUCCUCCAUGUUUUUCCCUUUAUCUGUCAUCCUGAUAUUUUGGGAAAAUGAUCAAAGUAACAAAUGUUUGCAUGUGGCUUACUCUGGAUAUUUAAGCCCUUCCACACUUCUAAAGCUAGAUGAUGUGUUGGUCAAAUGAGGGAACAUCUAGGUUAUGCCUGUUUUAAAAUUAGUUCUUUUAGGAAACUUAGCAUGUUGUUGAAAUGUAGUCUUAACUCUGUGUGGACUAUGGACAGUCAACAAUAUGGAACUUAAAAAGUUUGCACUAUUGCAAAACGGGUGUAUUAUCCAGGUACUCGUACACUAUUUUUUGUACUGCUGGUCCUGUACCAGAAGACCUUUUAUUCUAUGGUUACUAUGCUUUUAAAACUUUUGUUCAGCCACUUAUUUUCAAAAGAAUCUGCUUAUGGCACAACUUGCCUCAAAUCCAUUCCAAGUUGUAUAUUUGUUUUCCAAUAAAAAAUUACAAUUAACCCAUA